ACUGAAUUUUGAAGAACUUAAUCUAGGAACUGAGAGCAUUUCCUAGAGAUCUCGAUGGCAAUGGAGAAAGAUCUCAAUCCGAAUUCUCCACGGAUUAGAAAGCUAAGGGAUAAUAGUUAUCCUAACACACCAACGUCUCGAAUGAGUAGUAAUAACCAAAGAGACAACCAUUAUCCCAACAAUCCUAAUUCACCAAGGGAUUACAAUUAUACUCCUAGCUCUCCAACAGCCCGCAUUCGACACCGCAGGCGAUCAAGCGAGAAUUUAGCUGAGGUGAACAGAAGCAAUGUAAGUAGAGUAAGCAAUUUGUUGCUUGGUGAUAAGAACAAGUACAGAUCAAUGUGGAUAAGGACAUGCUCAUCUCUGUGGAUGCUUGGUGGAGUUGUCUUUAUAAUCUACAUGGGUCAUCUCUACAUUUGGGCUAUGGUUGUGGUUAUACAGAUAUUCAUGGCUAAAGAGCUCUUCUUUCUUCGUAGAAGAGCUCAUGAAGAACGUCGCUUACCCGGUUUCUGGCUCUUGAAUUGGCACUUCUUCUUCACCGCUAUGUUGUUUGUAUAUGGACGCAUCAUUCAACAGCAGCUAGUCAACACGGUUUCUUCAGACAGAUUCAUCUACAAGCUUGUGAGUGGCCUUAUCAAGUACCAGAUGGUUAUUUGCUACUUCCUGUACAUCGCAGGUCUCAUAUGGUUUAUCCUUACAUUGAAGAACAAGAUGUAUAAGUAUCAGUUUGGUCAAUACGCUUGGACACAUAUGAUCCUUAUCGUUGUCUUUACUCAAUCUUCCUUCACCGUCGCCAAUAUUUUCGAAGGGAUCUUCUGGUUUCUACUGCCAGCAGCACUUAUAGCUAUGAACGAUGUAGCGGCUUAUUUCUUCGGUUUCUAUUUCGGGAAAACUCCGCUCAUUAAGUUGUCUCCAAAGAAAACAUGGGAAGGUUUCAUCGGAGCAUCAGUUGCAACUAUAAUCUCUGCAUUUAUUUUUGCAAAUGUCUUAGGCCAGUUCCAAUGGCUUACAUGUCCAAGGAAGGAUUUAUCAACUGGAUGGCUUCAUUGUGAUCCAGGCCCUCUCUUUAGGCCAGAGUAUUACCCAUUGCCCUCUUGGAUCGCUCCAUUUUCUCCAUGGAAAGGGAUCUCGACCCUGCCUGUCCAAUGGCAUGCUUUCUCUCUCGGUCUAUUCGCAUCAAUUAUGGCACCUUUUGGUGGUUUCUUCGCAAGUGGUUUCAAAAGAGCUUUCAAGAUCAAGGAUUUCGGAGACAGCAUACCAGGACAUGGAGGAUUUACCGAUAGAAUGGAUUGCCAAAUGGUUAUGGCGGUUUUCGCAUACAUCUACAUCCAAUCAUUCAUUGUUAAUCAGGACUACAGUGUCGAGAUGAUCCUAGACCAGAUAUCGAGGAGCCUGGGACACGAGGAGCAGAAAAUGCUUUAUGUAAAGCUCGGAGACAUUCUUCAACAUAAGUUGCAGGGCAGGUUUUAAAAAGUGAGUGCAAGUUGUGCGACUCUGUUUUCAGCUUCUUUCCCUAUGGUUAGUUUCUGGUUGCAUCAGACCAUGUAAAACUUUAAUUUGUAUCUGAUUAAUUAAUCAAACAGAGACUUGGUA